AUGAACUUCUUCAUAUUUAUUACUCUCUUUCUUACCUUCUUCCUCAACAUUGUCAAUGCAACUCCACUCCAAGAUCGCGAUAUCUCUACCAUCCUUGAUGAUCUCCGCAAGGUUGGUGCCGGUGUGACUGCUCUCAACGAUGUUGUCAAGAACUACAAUCCUGGAGUCGACCGCGCCACCAUCGAGAAACUUGAGCACACCAUCGAACAUGAUAUGAUCAGCGCUACUCGUGAAGCUGUCCUCAACCAGGCCUUCAACGACCAGGACAGCAAGACCGUCACCGACGCCGCGAUGCAGAUCAAGCCAGCCAUAGAGGACUUCAUUCAUGACGCUGUGGCCAAGAAAUCCACCUUCAGAGAGGCCAACCUCAUUGGCUUUAUGCAUCAGAAUUUCUUUCAUCUCCAGAGCCGCUGCUUCCCUCUUGCAGAUGCUUUGCAGAACAAGGUCAAUGACGCGGACAGCAAAGCCAUACAGGAAUAUGUUGUUCAGGUUGAUCGUGCAUUUGAGGAUGCUAUCGCAGAGUUCAGCUAG